AUGAAUCAAGUCAAUGCUUAUUUUGUACCAAUAACUUUUAUUUCGCUUACUUCAUUUAUUAUUGGAUCUUUAUUCUAUGAUCAUUAUCAACGUGGAUAUUUAUUUACGAGUCGUUUAUCAAAUGAAACUAUUUUUAUUGAACAAGCUUUGAAAAGAAUUCAAAGAUGUAAUGAAGAAGAUUAUUUACGACAACGAGCUCUUCUCUAUACUUUUCAAACAUGGAAUCAUCUUGCUCAUUCACAUCAUAUUCGAUAUUGGAUAGCUUAUAAAACACUUGCUAGUUAUAUUCAACAUAAUGAUCUAUCACCUUAUGAUGAUGAUAUAGAUAUAUUUAUAAUAUAUCAAGAUAUACCACGACUAAUUAAUUUAAUCAAUGCAAAUUAUUCAUCAAUCUAUGAACUUAAAAUUCAUCCACAAUGGUUUAUAACUAAAGUUUUUAAUCGAUCUUAUACUCCAUCUGAAAUAAUUAAUUUUACUAUACAGAAUACAAGAUUUAUUAAUCAUAAAAAUAAUGUAUCAAUAAACAUUUGGCCUAUCUAUAAAUAUUAUAAUAAACAUAUAUUAUUAUUUGUUGAAUAUCAUAAUUUUGAUAGUUUAAUUUUAACUCCAAUAGAAUGGAUAUUUCCAUUAGAACCAUGUGUUUUCAGUGGUAUUAGAGUAUGGUGUCCAGCACAACCCAAAAAAUUAACUGCCUCAAUAUAUAGACAAACAUCCGUAUAUAUGUCAUGUAUCAAUGGUUCAUGGAUUAAAUCAAAUUAA